AUGGCCGGAAUCGACGUAGGAGGAUGCAUGUCCGCCAUAACUUCAGCCUUUCAAGGCGGAGCGGACUUGGUGCAAUCCCUACAGGAGCGCAAGCAGCAGAAGAGAAAACGGAAGGAGUCAGACAUGGAGCAGGUGUACGCAGAAAAGAUGCUGCAUAGAGCGCUCGUUGAUGCGGCAGAAAAGACACAAACCGAGUGCGUGGAGAGACGGCAUCGCCAUGGACGAGCGUUCGUCCAAGGCGACAGCUUAGCAACAGCAGAGCUCAAGGAUGUGAUGAUCGGUCUACAAAUGGAAGUCAUACAACCUCUGCAGCUCUCUCGAGCGAGCGAGAACGCCGUUUUGGACACAGGACCUCUGCAUGAGGCAGUCAUUACCUACAAGGCUACCGUCAUUCGCAGCUUGGUACAUUUAUGCUAUCGCAUCAGCGUCUCCUCCGCGAGGCAGACUCAGUACAGCAGCAAUGACUUCGUAUCGCCGGUCACCUCGCCAGGUCUUCCCCAGAGAAUGUCACUCAAUUUUGGCGCGCUAUCACUUCAAGAGCUUCCUCCUCCGAGACAUCCAGACCGAGCGAGCUACCAUCGACCCUCAACAAGUAUAGCCUCUACGGUAGCUUCAGAUGUUCGAGGCUCGAGCUCUGCCAAGACAAGUCCAGAAACCACAUUGUCCUCGGAAAGCGAUACGAAUGCGGAUCGCGGAACAUCGUCGGGAUCCACAUGUGACGGAUCGCUGUCAGCUCCCGAGGUCUACGAGACAGAAGAGGAUAUGUUCCGAGCCAACUCCGCACCAGAAGUAGUAACGAAGGAGUAUGAAUCGAUGCUAAGCCAGCAGGCUCUAAGAUCAGCAGCAUUGAGAGGACCGCCCAUGAAGACUCCGAAGAAUGCGCACCCAGCGUACCAAAAUCACUACAUGGAAGCUCCCAUUACAAUUUUCGAAGAACCCGACUAUCCCUGGUCGCCAUUGACACGACCCGCCAAGCACAACAACUACCACAACUUCUGCAAAGGCGCCUGGCUAGUCCGUCAAAAACUCGAAGAAGGCCUCAGCAUAACCAUGCUCCCCAACACCAAAGGCACCACAACCCCCUACUGGAAAUGCAAACACUGCGCCUUCCGCUCCAAAGCCCCCUCCACAAACUCCACCACCCUUCCCGACUCCAUCUACUUCGACGCACGCGGCAUCCGCUAUCGCUGGGUCUUCCUCGCCAAAUCCCACUCCUUCGCCCAAACCCCCGCCGAAGAUUCCCACGAUUUGUAUUCAUAUUGUUGUAUUUUCUGCGCGGCGCAGGGCACCCAGACGACAAUAUACAAAAACUUAAAGGCCCUUUUGGAACAUGUGGUUUCUAGGCAUAAAACUUAUAUGUUGACUCCUGAGGUUAAGGAGAAGACGAGGUGUGUGGUGGGGGGUGCGCCUGGGAAGGAUGUGGUUUGGGAUGUGAAUUUGCCGGAGACGCAGGGGAGGAGUUUGAAGGGGAGUGUGGGGAAGUUUGUGAUUUCUGCUGUGACGGGGUUGGGUUGA